UUCGACGUGUGUGAGAUUACGUCCUUCUGUCACGCACAGUUCACAGUAUUAGGGUGUGAGCAGAGUGACUGAUGGGCUCAAUUCCUUCGCUGUUCGUUUGAGCGUCGGUGCGUUCAGAAGUUCGUCCUCAGUGCAGGUCAACAGCUGUUAAAAUCAUGUCUGCUUUUCUGCAUCACUGCCCAUUCCUGAAGUCCACUCCAGGCCCUUCUCUAAGGAAUGUGGCAGCAUACCUCGGCUUGGCUGACAGAUGUCCAAUCAUUGUCCGCCAGAUAUCUGUAAAAGCCACUCAAUCCUUUGAGGGAAAUGGUCUGCUCCCUCACAAAGAGCCAAAGCGACAGCUGGCUACCACAGCGACUCAGGUGGCAAUCUCCAUGUCCCAAAGCUGUCCUUUUGUUUCCUCUAAGAUUGGACUGGUUAAAGCAAGUCCACAAGUGCAGGAGGAUGUCCAGCCAAGUCUUGAGAAUCAAGACACCUCAGGCUUGAUGAGCUCGAUGUUCAGUGGCUUGCAAAGUCAUCAGUCCACUGGUCCUACACACCUUCUUCAGGACAAUUUUGCCAGAGCCAGUUUCAACUACGAUGACUUCUUCACUCAGAAGAUUGUGGAAAAGAAGACUGACCAUACCUACCGCAUCUUUAAGACGGUGAACCGUUUUGCAGAGGUUUUCCCUUUUGCUGAGGACUACUCCAUCCCUGGACGCUUGGGCUCCCAGGUGUCUGUAUGGUGCAGUAAUGAUUACCUGGGCAUGAGUCGACAUCCCCGAGUUGUUAAGGCCAUAAGAGAGGCUUUGGAGAAGCAUGGUGCUGGAGCAGGUGGAACCCGAAAUAUCUCUGGGACGAGUAACUAUCAUGUGGCCUUGGAGAGUGAGCUGGCCCGUCUACACCAGAAAGAUGGAGCGCUGGUCUUUUCUUCCUGCUUUGUAGCCAAUGAUUCCACCCUCUUUACUUUGGCUAAAAUGCUCCCAGGCUGUGAGAUAUACUCAGACAUGGGCAAUCAUGCCUCCAUGAUCCAGGGUAUCAGGAACAGUGGGGCUAAACGCUUCAUCUUUCGACACAACGAUGCCAGUCACCUGGAGGAACUACUUAGCCGCUCAGAUCCACUCACGCCCAAAAUCGUGGCCUUUGAGACUGUGCAUUCAAUGGAUGGUGCAAUUUGCCCUCUAGAAGAACUGUGCGAUGUAGCACACAAAUAUGGAGCUCUGACUUUUGUGGAUGAAGUCCAUGCUGUCGGACUGUAUGGGGCUCAUGGAGCAGGUGUAGGAGAGAGAGACAACGUCAUGCACAAGAUCGAUAUUGUCUCUGGAACUCUGGGCAAGGCAUUUGGCUGUGUGGGUGGUUAUAUAGCCAGCACCGCCGCCCUGGUGGACACUGUGCGCUCCUACGCCGCUGGGUUUAUAUUCACUACCUCCUUGCCUCCCAUGGUGCUGGCGGGGGCUGUGGAAUCGGUGCGAGUGCUGAAGAGUGCAGAAGGCCAGGCCUUGCGCAGAGCCCAUCAGAGAAACGUCAAACACAUGAGACAGCUGCUGCUGGAUGCUGGGCUGCCUGUGGUCAACUGCCCUAGCCACAUCAUUCCUAUACGGGUUGGAGAUGCAGCGAAAAACUCCAAGGUGUGUGAUGUUCUGUUGGAGAAACACAACAUCUAUGUGCAGGCCAUAAAUUACCCAACAGUGCCUCGCGGAGAGGAGCUACUGCGGUUGGCUCCUUCUCCUUUCCACAACCCCAUUAUGAUGAACUACUUUGUAGAGAAACUGUUGGAUGUCUGGCAGGAGGUUGGACUACCGCUGAAUGGACCGGCUAUGGCCUCAUGCACCUUCUGUGAUCGGCCUCUCCAUUUUGACCUCAUGAGUGAGUGGGAGAAGUCCUACUUUGGUAACAUGGAGCCAAGGUACAUUACUGUGGCUGCACAGUGAGUGAGUUUCAGCGGAUCAAGAUGAAGAUCUAAUUUAUCAUGUUUGAUUGAGUCUUCAAAAAUUCCUCUCCCAAUCCAGAAUAUUGUCAUGGUAUCUAAGAUAAAUGUAGAGGGUGCUCAAAAUGUCCUAAAUCAAUUAAAGCAAUGUUUGUGGCAAAAAUAGUGUUUCUGUAUUGUUUGCUGUGACUGUUAAUGAUGCAAGAAGAAUUUGUUUUCACAUGUACCACUAAAACUAGAUAAUUAAUUUUAAUGUGUGUCCCCUCUGCAUGACAACAAACCUGCACAUGGGCACUUUUUGGUAGUUUACUAUUAUUGAAUAUAUGAAUCUCGGUCAUUGUUUUCAAUAAUAAAUCAAGAUGUUAUUGUAUGUAGGUUAUACAUACGCAUGAAAUAUCAUGUUUAAUAACAGCUUACACUGAGACUAUGCCACAUGUCCUGUUUCUGUUUUGAACUGUUUUAUUCUUUUGCAAAUUGAUGAAUUUUAAAAUUCAAUAAAUAUGGUCAGUUCCAAUAAAA